AUGGAAAAUAAGCCCCAAAUACUUCAAACUAAAUCGAAAAACACUCCGAACAAGGGAGGAAAAUUGUCUAUUAACGAUUUCGAAAUUGGACGACCUCUGGGAAAGGGUAAAUUUGGAAGCGUCUACCUCGCGAGAACGAAAACGGGUCAUUUCCACUGUGCCAUAAAAGUACUCUUCAAAUCACAACUGAUUUCUGGAGGAGUCGAACAUCAGCUGGAACGGGAAAUCGAAAUUCAGUCCCAUCUACAACAUCCGAAUAUCAUCCGGCUCUACAAUUAUUUCUGGGAUGCGAAAAAGAUUUACCUGAUUCUCGAAUACGCUCCAGGUGGUGAAAUGUACAAGCAACUCACCACACAGAAAAGGUUCACUGAAGCAAUGGCUGGAAAAUAUAUGUAUGAAAUUGCCGAUGCUCUGUCUUACUGUCAUAGAAAAAACGUCAUUCAUCGAGACAUCAAGCCUGAGAACUUAUUGAUUGGGGCACAAGGAGAACUGAAAAUAGGAGAUUUCGGAUGGAGUGUUCAUGCGCCUUCCAACAAGCGUCAAACAAUGUGUGGAACAAUGGACUACCUGCCACCAGAAAUGGUCAAUGGAAAUUCGCAUAGUGACGCCGUCGAUUUAUGGGCUAUCGGAGUGCUUUGCUACGAAUUCCUGGUGGGCAAACCGCCAUUUGAACACGAGAAUCAAGCCGAUACCUACUCUGCAAUCAAAGCUGGGAGAUUCACAUAUCCCGAUUUUGUGAAGAAAGGAGCAAGAGAUCUAAUUGGAAAACUUCUCGUUGUUGAUCCAAGGAGAAGAUGUUCACUUCAGGAGGUGAAAGACCACUACUGGGUCACAUCGAUGUUGGACAGCUGCCGACGAGCUGCUGAGAAACAGAAGGCUGAAAGAGCAGCAAGUCUUCGGGACCACUAG